CCUUUACACUGUAGAGCUCCAGAUUAAUGUGAAGCACACAGCCGGUAAAGAAGGACUGAAGGCAGUGUGUGAGAUGUGAUCGCAGUCUGCGUUCACAUCAUGACGGAGCUUCUCAGCUGCAACGCGUCCGACACAUCUGAAAAAGUUGAGAUUCUUCAGCUCCUGAAUCAAUCUACAGAAAUCUGCUGGCAUUUUAAAAAUGACCAGUGGUACCGCUACACCCUGUUGUUGCUGUGCACCUUCACCCUUCCUGCAGGGAUGCUGGGAAACAUAGCGGUGCUGCUCAGCUGCACCUGCUUAGGAAGAAGCUUUAAACCCAGCCACGUUUUCCUGUUGAACCUGGCUUUAUGUGACUCGGCUUGGCUUCUCACUCUGUCUUUGACGGUUUACUUCAGAUUCCAAAUCCCAAACCUGGACAGUUUGCAGAUUUUCUGCAAAAUCAAAAGGAUCUCCUUCGACGUGAACAUCUACGGCAGCAUCGUCUUCAUCUGUCUGAUCAGUUUUGACCGCUACAUGAGCACGGUCCAUCCCAUCAGCUCUCUUCGCUGGUGGAACGUGGGUAAAGCCAAGAUCUGCUCGGCGUUGACAUGGCUCGGACUUCUUCUGGGCAUCACUCCAGACUUAUUUGUAGCCACGUGCGAAAACUCCAACACGUGCAUGACUCACGUCCACAAUCUUUUCCCUCCAUUCAAAAUGCUCCCCAUUAUUAGAACGACGCUGUGCUUUCUGCUCCCCUUCAGUGCAAUGAUAGCUUUUUCCACAAUGACCAUUCGUGUUUUGAGGCGCCGCUCAAGAGGAAGAAGGAACAAGGAACUCCAGCGAGCGAGCAGGAAGCCGCUGCAACUCGUCGCAGCAGCUAUCCUCGUCUCUGCAGCCGCUUUUGUGCCUUAUCACAUCUUGGCCGUCGCUCUGACUUUCAUGCCGGCUCAUGGCUUGGUGAAACCGCCCAACUCCAGUUGCCUCUGUGCAGCUGUGGAGCUCUGUGAAGCCCUCUGUAGUUUCAGCAGCUGUCUGGACCCUGUGCUGUACAUUCUGGCUAGUGAGCAGUUCAAGAGGAAGAUGCAAACCUUCAAAAGAGAGCAGUACAGGAGGCUGUGCUGUAGGGCGAGUAGGAGGGUUGGGGUUAUUAACGAAUGAGUAUUAAAUGUUUCGCUCUUCUGAAUAUUAUCCUUUGAGGCAACGCGGUUGUACAAUUGUUCCGUUAUGUGAAGUAGUAACUACACACCGCAGUCAUGUGAAGAAGUAUUUGUCACUUUUUUGCUUUUCUUUUGUAGCAAGUAAAGCUUUAUGAUUAUAAAAUGAAAGUUCUUGUCAAGCAAAUCGGAUAAAAAGGACAGCUUUCAAAUGAUUUCAUAUGCAACCUUUUCCAAAGCAAAAUAUGUAAAAGAAAAAACCUGGUUAAAUUGUGAAUUCACCUGAUUACUGCCAGACUUAGAACAAAAAUGUAUUUUUUAAUUGGUUUGUCAUCUUUUCAUUUAAUGCUGUUCAAAUACACACUAUGCAUUGUUAUGUUUUACAACAAUAUCAUUUUCUACAUUUAAACACUUAUUUAAUGUCUUAUCUAAUUCCAGGAGAUGUAGCACCGGUCAUUGCUUUUAGCGUUUCCGUAUAGGAGGUAUGCUAUACGCCUAAAUGUCGAGUCAUCACUCCAAAUUAUCGAUUUGUUCAAUUCACUGACACAGCUCUAUAAAAUCCAGCACCUCGGAACGCAGAGUGCUUUCUACUUUAAAUUUGCUCCAGAACAAUGCGUCCACAGAGCUUGAUGGAACGGGGCUACGUGAAUUAGCAGCUGCAACCAAGCUUUUUGCAUCAUCCUCUCAACAUUUUCAACGCGACUUUAGGACGGCCCCUACCUCUUCCAACAUGAAGAGGUAGGGGCACCAGUACACAAAUCGACACUCAUAAGGGCAUGAACAAGAGAGUUUUGUGUAGCAGAACUUGACCUGACAGAGCACCUUUUGGACGAGUUGGAACAGAAAAUGAAAUCCAGAUGGUUUUAUCCAACAUCAGUGUCCGACCCUAUAAAAAAAACUACACACUGAGAACGGGAUGUAAAGAUACAGCAAGACACACAUUGCAAACCUUCAACCCAAAGCAGCCUUCACUCCCUACGAGUCCUAGAAAUGAAACUUUUUAUUUACCUUUCCUCUUUGUUAAUGGAAAGCCGACUGGUGGUCGGAUAUCAGAUAACACAAAAACAAUAAAAUGUUGAGUUAUUAGGCUGCAGCACUGCUGGAUGGGAGUGUAUCAACUUUAACUUUUCAGGUGUACUGAAUAUUGAAUAAAUCUCAAGCAAGGGAUGCAAACAAAGCCACUCGCCCCCGUUUAGCAGCUGCCGUUAAUAUAUGGGCCACAUCAGAACAUCUUCUUAGGCUGCAGAGUCUGCUGCACCCUCUCUCGAUUUAAAAAAACAACAAAAUAACAACUCUGCCUUCUUUGCAUCCCCAAGGAGGGCCGGGUCCUUCUCGUGCUUCAUUUCUGUCUUUAGCUUGGUAUGAAAACAACAUCCCUAUUCAUCAUAGCGCACAUUUACAUCACCGCGGGCCAGGGUGGGGCGCGAGGGCUGCUGGCAGACACGACUGAUCUCCCCAGAGCUCGACUCCUCUGUUACUAAGUACCUAGAUAAUAAAUCAAAGGUGGAAAGAUGACAAUGGAGCUCCCUCCACAGGGAGGCUGCUGCCGAGCAAAGAUACGAAGAGGGGCUACUGGGCCAUGGUAUCUGUUCCAUUAAGAGGUCUGCUGAACUGUUUCAUUUUACUUAAGUAUUGACUCCAGGCCAAAAACAGAGACAGGUUCUGGUAAAAAUAUCAUUUUCUUUUUGGCUGCUGUCCACUUUUGCRAGUCUUGCGAUCUUUGUAUUUGACAGCGUUGCUAUGGAAGCCCAAAAGCCACAGCUAAGUACAUAAAUAAAUAAAUGUUGCUUAGUUGUACUGUUAAUUAAUUCAUAUUAUAAAACUAAUAUAAUUAGUUUGUAACUACUUAAUUUUAUAAUUCAUUAAAAAAAAGAAAAAACAAUACAUGCAAUACUUUUAAUGUUUCUUGUAUAGCGAUUUACCAGGUCAAAAGACUUAGACGGACGGACGGGAGAGGCGGUUCGAAUCGCAACCCACGGAUUGCUCCAACCUUCUGUUGCCACCGAAGAACCACUUCAGGGUUCUAGGGUGGCCCAGCUCGCCUUCGGAUCUGAACCUGGUGGAAAAUCUUUAAAAAGGGAGCUGAAAUUGAAACGCAACACAGAAACGUGAAAGAUCUGGUGCACAUCUGUAUGGAUGAAACCUGGUCAAGAACUACAGGAAACACCUGGCCUCUGGGCUUAUAAAGAAAAAUUUCUGUACCAAGUUUUAUUUUUCUAUUGUAUCGAAAAUGUAUUUCAUGAAAUAAAAUGGAAAUUGAAAAUCAUACAGUGGGAUUGUCUGGAUUUUUUUUUCUAGGAUACAGAUCUCACAUUUAUCCUACAACAAAAAUUAC